CGGCAUACCCACCCCACUCGCUCGGCCCUUUCUGCACUGUCAUCUGCCCCGGUGAGGCUCAACUCCGGAGUGGGGCCAUCUGAAACGCUCCGGACCACAAGCCCGGCUCCACCCAGCAGGGAGGGAAAGGAAACAGAUUGGGCAGAAUCCUGGGCCUCUCACCACCAGCAGCGGAGCUCGAAGCCCAAAUGGGUAACAUGCAGGAGCGCCCAUCGGAGACCAUUGACCGGGAACGGAAACGACUGGUAGAAACAUUGCAGGCUGACUCUGGGUUGCUGCUGGACGCGCUGGUGGCCCGGGGCGUCCUCACUGGGCCCGAGUAUGAAGCCUUGGAUGCGCUGCCUGAUGCAGAGCGCAGGGUGCGCCGCCUACUGCUGUUGGUGCAGAGCAAGGGCGAGGCAGCCUGCCAGGAACUACUGCGCUGUGCCCAGCAAACUGUGCGCACGCCAGACCCGGCCUGGGAUUGGCAGCACGUUGGGCCUGGCUACCGGGACCGCAGUUAUGACCCUCCAUGCCCAGGCCACUGGACGCCAGAGGCACCCAGUUCAGGGACCACAUGUCCUGGGCUGCCCAGAGCUUCAGAGGAAGAGGAGAUCGGAGGUCCUGAGGACUCUGAGGCAGUGCAGCCUCGAACACCAGAGGAGCCAGAACUAGAAGCUGAAGCUACUAAAGGGGAUGAGCCAGACCUGGAACAAGAAAUGGAACCAGAACCAGAGCCAGAGGUAGAACCGGAGCCGGAGCCGGAGCCGGAGCCGGAGCCGGAGCCGGAGCCGGAGCCGGAGCCGGAGCCGGAGCCGGAGCCGGAGCCGGAGCCGGAGCCGGAGCCGGAGCCUGACUUCCAAGAAGGGGAUGAGUCUGAAGGUUGUGAGAACACCUAAACCCUAGCUUGCAGGCCUGUUAGAAGUUGUGGACUGGGAAGUAGGGAUUGAUCCCCACUCCACUGACCAUCAUUUUCAUCUCUAGAUUCCUGAAGACCAGAAUAUCCUUACCUGUCCAAAUCUGAUUCAAGCUGGAUAAGAUCUGGAAACCUGCCAGAACUGGACCGAAUCAAUGCAGCAAGACUCCAUUUACUGCCAAAUGAGUAAACUCGGGAAGGUUAGCCUGGACCUGAUUCUUCACAACUCUGGCUCUUUACUCAAGAAUGGUCUGAAUCCCACUGACCUGAGCAGGCUUGUGUGAAAAAUACCAUCCCCCCCAACAGUAUUCCACUCCCAAAGUAGCCCAAGCUGUAUUUCUAGAGAUCUUAGAUUCAGGCCCCUAAAUCAGACCCUCUUCCACUCCCCUUUCCCCCCCUCAGGGGCCAUUUGGGAGCCCAAGUGGGCAACACAUCUACACCAUGGAAACGACUAGGUCAAGCAAGUGAAGGUGGCUGGCUGUCCAUCCAUACACAGAAGUCUUGGAGCUCACAGUCUUGAACGGGGGACCUGAGAGAAAACUGGAGUAGACAGAAGCCACACGCAUCAUUGUAACUGGUCUUUAAUUGUCUGGCCUUCCUCUGAACUGGGAGCUCAGUGUGGGGUGUGGGGUCUAACCAGUCACAGACAUACACAAGGAGCUCUGUACAUUAUCUACUAAGCAAAUGAGUAAAAACUUCCCAGCUGUGUUUCCAAGCUUUCACAGAUGGAAAAAUUAAAUAAAAAGCCAGGGUUAA